UUAAGCCCUAAAACGAGGCUCAAAACAUGUUGAGCGCUUCGCCUCGCUUAGCGGGCGCUUCUGUCGUCAUCAAGGCUGUAAGGACUAAGGCAUACUUUUCCUUGCCAAUGAGCGUAAUCCUAAAGAGGCGACACUAAGCAAUUGAUAUUUCACUUUAUAAUUGUUAUUUGUUUGCGCAUUCUUUUUCAAUUUCUUUGUCCGUAUAUUUGUUAUUCACACUUAUAAUUGUUAGUCUUGAACUACACAUAACUAUUUGUUUCUUUCUCCACUUGUGCAUUUCUUCGUUAAAGCCCACGUUUUAGUUGCGAUUUGCGCUUAAAGCCCCAACUGACCUUAGAGCUUUUUUGCGCUUUUCGCCUUUGAUAACACUGCCGGACACCACGAUUAUAAAAAAAAAUGAGAAAAAAGUUUAGUUCACUUUGCAGCUUAAUUAUUUACUCAAAAAAAAAAAAAGGAAGAAGAAAAACAAGCUUAACUCACGUAGCAACAGAAACUCGUCAACAUGAGGAGGGGAUGAAUAUAUAUAACAUGUUUUUUUUUUAAUUAUUGAUCAAGAUGGUAUGUGGCAAAACAAAAGCUGAUUGAAACUACGGCAAAGGGCCAAAUAUACCCAUGUACUAUGAGAAAAUGUUUAAAUAUACCUUUUGUUGUACUUUGGGUCCAAAUAUACCCCUGCCGUAAUACUAUUGGUUCAAAUGUACCCCUCUUUUAUUAAGUUUGUCCAAAGUGGACAUCCAAUCUUACGUGGCACUGGUAUUUGAUGAGGUGGAUGCCACAUGGCAUGCCACCUAAGUGCCCCUAAUCCAUAUAUAAGACUAAAAUUUAAAAUACAAUAUUUUUUAUGGUAGCGGUAAUGGUGGCAAUAGUGGUGGAGGGGAAGGAAAUUUUAGUGGUGGAAAAAAUAUAGAAGGAAGGGGUAAAAUGGGUUAGGGGUGUUGAGAUGGCAGGCCACGUGGCAUUCACCUCCAUCAAAUGUUAGUGCCACGUAGGAUUGGAUGUCCACUUUGGACAAAUUUAACGGAAAAGGGUAUAUUUGAACCAAUUGUAUAACGACAGGGGUAUAUUUGUACUCAAAAUAUAAUGAGGGGUACAUUUAAACCUUUUUUGAUAGUAUAGGGGCAUAUGUGGCCCUUCUCCGUUGAAACUAAUGCUGCCGAAGAUCUUGAUCAUAGCUUCAAUCUCAUUUAUGUAAGAUAUAUGGCUCUGUUAUAUGCAAUUUGAGGAGAAAGUAUUUUAAAAGAAAAGAAAAUUUAUUACAGGUGAGAUCAACAUCAACUGCGCUGCUCCUUUUAAGUUUGUCCCAUCUGUUAAAUUUUGAGCCCGUGCCAGAUAGAUGUAUUUAGUGGAGAAGCUUAUGCAAAAAAACAAAUUGUAGCACUUUAGCAUGAAUUAUAUCCUCUUUUCUAGAAUUUGGAGUGGGUUCCUUUCUAAGUUGCGCGGACUCUUCGAUUUUGGUGCCGUCCUCGUCCCGAGUCCGAGCACCUUAGGCUCCUUUAUCCUCUCUCCUGGAGAGAGGUCGGUUUGUCUGAAAUGAUUCCUGAUGCAUAUUGGAGAUAAUACUAUUCUGCAAUCAGCAAAACUUUUGCAAAUGACAAACAUUCUAUUAGCAUGAAAAGUAAGGGAUAUGGAUCUGAAAAAGGAUGAUAUUGAGACGUCCUCUUCUUAGUAAGAAAGGACCAAUGAAUGCCGCUUCUCCAGCUUAUCAUGCUCAAGGCAACUAUAACUCAGCUAAAAGAACGUACCAGCCACGAGGAGUCAAUGCCAUUCCUCUUGGGAUCCGUAGGAAAACUAGUCCCAUUUGUACACCACCAGGGAACUCCUCUAACACUUUGGAUAGCUCUCUUGGCACACCUAACAACUACUCUCCACCUAAUUCACCGCAAAUUGGUGACAUUUCCAGUGAUUGCUUUCCUCAAGGAGGUGGAGAUGGUAGCCAAUAUGGACAAGGCAGCCCCUACCAAGGUUCAGGAUUCAGAGGCAGCCAUCACCGAGGUUCAGGACGAAGCAAGGGUCUAUUGAAAGUUUACUAUCACAAGUCAAUGGUGCAAGACCCAUGGAAAGUAUUGAAGCCAGUUAUUUGGAAGCCACAUAGAGAUACACGUGACUCUCCGAAUUCCUGGCUUCCAAAAUCCAAUAGCUCAAAGAAGGCUAAACUUGGAGAAACUCCAACAGAAUCAACUCCCCAGCAAAGCGUCGCUGAAUACCUGGCUGCCGCAUUUACUGAAGCAGCUAGCAAAGACACUGUGAAUGAUGAAUCUGGCACAUAAAGCUUUGUGAUGCUUGGAGUUUUUAGUUAUAAUUAUGUCUCAUACUCCUGUAAUUACUGCAAAUAGCAAGUUGAGCUGUAGUCUAAGGCCACCAGAUUUCUUUACAGUUUCCUGCUCAUUUUAUGUUAUCAUUGCCUAGUAAGUUCCAAUCGUUGUUUCACUUUGAUUCACUAUUGGAGCGUGGCAAUAUUGAACAGAUUUUAUGCACCAAGGUUUGAUUUGUAAUUGGAAUUGUCAAGUUAUCACCCACUUAACUCCCUAACUUAUUGUAACGUUUCA